CUGCACUGCGUCGCGCUCGGGGGCCGCGCCGGGUAGCCUGCUCUUUAGUGCCUGGGGCAGCUCUGGUUCGGAGAGCCUUUCGCCAGCUCCACGGGGACCUCUGUGCACGGAUGGACCCGCCCGGACCCGGCGGGAAGCGGCCUGGCAGGCGGCGGCCCCGGCAGUAUCAGCAGAGAGAGGACAGGGCCGAAGCCGCGGGUCCCUGAGACGCGCGUGCCCACCGGGCCCGGCGGCGGCACCAUGAUGCCGGGCGAGACACACUCGGCGGCGCCCGGGACGGCAGCAGACCUCUCGCGAUGUCAGGGGUGUGCCUCCCUGCAGCAGAAUUUGAAUGAAUAUGUUGAAGCAUUAAUUACCUUGAAACAAAAAAUUAUCAACACUGAUAAUUUGUUAACGGAAUAUCAGAAGAAAUGUGAUGAGCUGCAGUUUGCAAGAAGAGAGAAUAGUACUCUGCAUCACCAAGUGGAACAGAUGCUUCAAAAAAUUUCUCCUCUGCAGAAAUGUCAGGAAGAACUGGGGUCUUUAAAAGCAGAGUUAGAAGAGAAAAAGAGUUCUCUAAAGUUGUAUCAGGAUACUCAUCAGGAAUAUGCUCGGGUAAAAGAAGAAUGCUUAAAAAGUGAUGCUCAGAAGAAGAAACUAGAAGCUAAGGUGAAGAAGCUGGAAGAGGCUGCCGUCAAGCAAACUCAGGACUUCAAGCAACUGAGAAAUGAAAAGAAAAUACUUGAAAAGGAAUUUAAGAAGACACAGGAAAGGCUUGACGAAUUUUCUAAACAGAAAAAUGAAAAAGAGUUGAGACAUAUUGGAACACAAAUUUCAAGUGAUUCAUAUGGAAGCAUAGAUAAAAGAAAAGUAAAACUGCUUCUGAAGGAACUCUGGCUCUGUGUAAACACAACACACAGACUCCCUGGUGAAGGCAGCACAUGUGUCCCAGAAAAACCUGCCGAAGAAAACACCAGAUCCAGAGUGUCUGGGAAAGAUGGCACACUACCUCCAGCACAAGGAAGUCCUCUCAGGGCCUCAGAUGUGCAGACAUGCCUCACAGAACUGUCCAUGGAGAUAGCGGGUGACUUAUCUUCAUGUAAAAAUGUGGAAAAAGAGAGGCCUGGUAGAGCAAAUUAUAGUAUUGACCAUGUUUUUAACGAGGAUGGGAAUCCUGAGGUUGUAAUGCAGAGUCAUAAUGAUGGUGACAGUACUGACUUUUCUGACCAUGAUCAUUUUUUUGACGAAGAUCUUCAGGCUGCAAUUGACUUCUUCAAACUUCCCCCUCCGCUUCUGUCUCCAGUGCCCUCACCCCCUCUGAUGUCAUCACCACACGUGGCUUCCUUACCGUCUUCACUUGCACCUGAAACCUACUUUGGAGAGUAUACAGAUUCCAGCGAUAAUGACUCAGCCCAGCUUAGAAAUUCUACUGAGUCUGUUUCAGAAGAUGAUACAACUGAAUCACAGAAUUAUUUGGGCUCAUUCAGAAAAAAUAAAGAAAGUAGUAUAUGGCAGGAAAAGCCCAAAUCUCAUGGACCUAUCCAAGCUCUAAAUACAUUGGAAGUAAAUAAAACGACAACUCUUGGAUUUGAGACUUCAACAGCAGCACUGAGAGAACCUUUAGCUCGUGAAAAACACUGGACAGUGUCAUCUCAAUUUGUGAGUGAUAGAAAAAGAGACAUUUUACAAGAGGCAAGAAAACAGACAGAGAUUAGGGAAAAGGACAAGUCAGUGCAAACUGACCCGAAGCCCACCCGAAGCCUGUGCAUUGAGAAGUUGUCUGGCAGCCCAGCACAGGGGAAGGAGGCUGCCCCUGGGGAGCCAGAGCUGUGGGAUUCUCCUCUCAGCAAGAGGCCAUUAAAUGAACCCAAGGAAUCUGAAGGAAAAACCCUGUUGUCCAAAGUGAUAGGAUCACCCACGUCGGAGUUUACUAAGUGGACACUAACUAAGGAAAUCACUUCUGAAUCAGACUGUGUAACAGGUUCUGACCAUUUGCAGAGAGCAUCUGGAGAAAUGGAAAAGGAAACAAAGGAUAUGCAAGGGUUCAUUUUGGGAGAGUCACCUGACUCAGAAGACGAUGCAGGUGAUGCAAUGGAUGCAGCAGGGCUUGAUAUUGAAGCCAGUGUUUCCUCCUCUUCCUCAGUAACAUUGUCUUUGUGCAGUAAUCCCCAGUUGUCUUCUGGGUUAGAGUGUGUUAAUGAUACACAUAUUCCAACUGACAUAUUCCCUACUGAACUGCAUCAUUUGGAACAAAAUUUACAAACUAAAACUUUAAACACAUUACAUCUGCAGUCUGAGCCACCAGAGUGUUCUGUAGGAGGAAACAGCCUGGAGAAUAGCUUGCGUGCUUUGAGCCCUGAACUGAGAGCAUCUAAUUUUAAUGAUCAGAAGAGCAGUGAGAUAGAGUGUACAAAAGUUGUAAAAGGUAUGACCAAAAUACAUUUAUUUCCUCAGUCAGUAUUUAUGAAGGCUACAAAAGAUGGACAAUGUGAAAGUCAAGAUACAGGAAUGGAGCUGGCACUGAGUAAGCCAGACUUCACGUCAUUAAUAGAUUCUCAGGCUGGCUUGAUCAAGGGUGGUUUGGAUUUCCUUAAAAGCACUUCAUGGCACCAUAGCAAUUUAUUAAGGAGAGGUGGGGAAGAAAGUCUGAGAGCUAAAUCAGAACAUGAACAAAAGACAGCACCGUCCCUACAGAAUAAAGGACCAGCACCCAAGCUUGAUCUUCCUAGAGAAAAUAAUAAUCCUUUAGAAUUUAAGACCACUACAUCGUUGUUGCCUAAUCAAGUAUCAGUUAUCACAAAGCAGGCAAGACCUGAAAAGAUUCCAAGUGCUAAAUUGGAACCCUUGAGACUACAAGGGAAUGAGCCUACUACCUUAGCAACGGGAAAGAGUGAUAAUGAAACUGAUGGUAUGCCAUCUACAGCAAAAUGUGGAGGGGAAAGAGAUGAUACAACACAAAACAGCAAGGAAGUGGCUGCUGUGAAAGGCACUUCACCAGAAAUUUCUCCCUCUAGGAGAAAAUCAGAUUUCAGUUCUCCAAGUGGUUCUUUACCAGUAGAAAAUUCUGAUUGUUCCACAAACACUGAAUUAUCUUUCUCUUCUGAAAACAUGUUUGUCCAAAACCAAGACAUUGUGAGGGAAGCUGCCGUGCAGGGAGAAGCCGCCGUGCAGGGAGAAGUCGCCGUGCAGGGAGAAGCCGCCGUGCAGGGAGAAGCUGCAGUGCAGGGAGAAGCCGCAGUGCAGAAGCAAAGGCAGCUUCCUCAGGCCACAGAUCCAGACUCGAGUGGGACAGAUGGCAGUGAGCCGCUUCUGGCCACAGAAGUGAUAGCAUCAGGAGGUUUUCUUGUUGAAGAGAACCCCUGUGAGGCCUUGGCUGUAGCAAACAGUUCUCCUAGCACACUGCAAAAUGCUAAUGAACUUUUGAAAUUGAAAUCUAAAAAUCCUGGUAGGGCUUUUCCCGAAUGUUUUGUCACAACAGGCACUUCUUUUUCUUCAGCGUUUUGUGGAAAAGAUGGAGAGACACAGAGUAUCUCCCCAAGUAGCCUUGCUGGCACUUUGCAUUGUUUCGCAGGCAUUCGGGAGGGAAAGGAGGACACUGAGGUAGAGGAGAGUGAGGGACUUAGCUGCAGUGAGGGGGAACGUGAGCCUGAAGCCGUGAUGGGGAAUGAGCAGCAAGAUGCUACCAGAGACCCACAGAAAGAUUUAGGAGAUACAGGUGCUGGUGUAGCUGAGAUAAGACCUUCCUUAGAGAUAGGUGAUUUGACCUCAGCUUUCCAGCAUUUUAGCAUAAGUACUGUUUCUGAGCUAGACAGACUUUCUACUUCAGAUGUCGUUACCUUUCUUGAGAGUUGUCAGUUAAGGGAUUAUAGCUCAGGGGACUCUGUUUCAGAAUGUUCUAGUAAAGGAACCCUAAAUAAAGAAGCGAACAAAGAACUACAGCAAGGUGAAAUAUCAGGAGAAAAAUACAAAAAGCAACCUUGUGAAGAAGAAACGCUUGGAACCUCUGAAGAAUGGAUUGAAUCAGAAGAUAAUGAUUCUUUAAAAAACACAAGCCAGUUUACUCAGUGUUCUUUAGAAACACUGUCUGAGGUUCUCACCAAGAUUGGGCAAGAACUUCAAACAAAUUGUGAAGAUUGUGAUGGUAAAGAUACUGGUAAUUUAUUGCUCUUAAAUAUACAUAACAACACGACAAGUGAAAAUUUAAGAGAGAAAGUUCCCCCUCAGGAGAUGACUGGCUCCUUGGCACAUGCUUCAGAACCACCCCCACUGGCAGCCGCCCUGGACACCCGAGGCAGCUCUCCCGUGAGCGGAGGCCCUGAUAACCAGGACGCUGAGAGCAGGCCAGAGGAUCGCUCAGAGGCAAGCAGGCGCCCGGACGGUGCGGAAGAGCUCCAGGCAGCGCCUGCAGAGCCGCCAGCCCUGUGCUCUGACUCGGCAGCAGAGCCCGGGACCGAGCAAAGUGCUAGUUGUGAGGUUGAAACGACAUUUCAGUAUCAGAUAUCAACAGUGACCUCAGAAGUCAUAAAUGUGCUUAUCAAUAAGGAUCAAAAUCUAGUCAUUGAGGAUGGAGACAACUGGACAGUCAUCAGUGGUGUGGCUGUUGUUCCACACAUGGAACAGGUCACACUGUGUGAGGUUUCUGGAGACAUCCCUGUUUCUCAGGAUCAAGGAGGGCUGGAUGCUGGUUGCGCCCCAAUGACUUCUGUUGAGAAGACCCCGGAGGCCAGUCACACUGGCCCUCCCUUUCAGGAGCCUCCAUGUGGCAGUAGUAAUCUUUCAUGUCCCCAAGAGGAUGUUUCAAGCAGUGCUCAGAGUACCAACUUUGAUAAAAGUCGUUUGCGGAAUAGACCUGUUAAGCCUAGUAUAUGGAUUAGUUCUCAAAUAUAUGAUCAAGACUUCGACUCUCAGACUGUUGCCUCUGAUCACACAUAUUAUAACUCAAAACUUGAGCCAUUCAGCAAAAAUAAGAAUCGAUCAAAGAUUUCAAACAAAGAUCAGUCUAACAAACCAGUAAAGACUUUAGCAUCAAGCAGAAUUGAAGCUCAUCAGAGUGAAGUUUCUCAGUCAUUGUCAGGGGAAAAAAGUAAUACAAAAACUCAAAGAAGUCAAACUCAGACCAUUUUAGCAAAUGCUGAUACAUCUACUCCUACAGAUUGUUCUGCUGAUACGCUGAGUAAAAUACGGCAAGAAGUGGGGCCUCCCCUGCCUCCUCUGCUAGCUCCUCUGAUAGCCACACCUCCAAGGACUUCACAGCCACUUUCUCCCCUGGCACCGAGUUCUAGUCCUCCCUCACCACCCUCUCCUAUCAGCCAGAUCUCUCCCUUCUGUGAAAUCCCGGUUCCUCCUGUGAUGUCUCCAUGGCCAGAAGACCCCAGGCGCACCUCUCCUCCGGGUCCUUCUCCGUCUCCGUCUGCUGCAUCAGCAGGUCAGAGGAUAGUGUCGUCUCCUCUGCAGUUCUGUGCAGCCACACCAAAGCAUGCACUUCCUGUGCCUGGCAGACUCCCGCCCUGCGCAUCUGGCCAUGCUGCUGUGGGAGGGCCUCAGGAGAACUCCGUUAAAAUCCUUGACACCAUGUACCCUGAGUUGUCUGCCAGGGCCCGGACCCUCAACAUCCUCAAAGGGAAUAUUCAGUUCACUCGAGGUCCAUCCACUGACUGUAAAAAUUUGCCAGGACCUGUCAGUGCUAUGAUAGGAUUCAAAGCAAUCACUUCAACAUCAACUGCUUUUGUCAAAACAGGGAGCAGCUCUGGUGGUGACUGUAGCCAAGAUAAAGCCAGAGAUCUGGGGACUCAGCAGGAUUCCAGUGGGAAAAGAACAUUGUCAGCGCCUACACUGAGGAGUGCUAAACGAUUGCGCCUGGAUGGUGGGUCCCCAGAACCAGAAAUUGAGGCCACUGCAGAAGGAAUCCGUAAGAACCUUCAGAGGAACCUCCCUCAAGCUGAAGUAACAGCAGAAGAGGAAAGAAGUUGUUCUAGUCCAGCCGUCAGUACAGUUUCACAGCUGCCUCUAAAUCCCAAAGAAACUGUGGAGUCACAUGACAAAGCCAUAGCCAAUGCACUGAGGAAAAUUGCAGAGCUUUCUUUUGAUCUGUUACCUGUCAUUCGUAGUCAUGUAUAUGUGGGAAAUAUCUCCAAAAAGCCCGUGAUGAGAGAUCAAGAAAAAGAAGUUGUUUAUGAAUUUAGCACAACAAAAAAGCAUUUAGCGGAGUGCUUGCUUCACUCUAUUCUCUCAGAACUAAAAAUUCAGAAGAUGUCUACAGACCACAAUUACAUUCAUGCCCUCUGCAGAGUGUAUGUGGGUAUUUGUCGGCAACUUGGAGACUUGGAAAGAGCUCGCGUGUUUAGCUAUAGCCUACUCAAGGAAGAUUUUCCAGAGUCUGAGAAAUUGACUUUGUUUAUUGCAAACAUGUGGCAUGAUAUAUUUCUCUCUCAAUCGGUGAUUAAUAAAGCAAUGCAGUUAGUUGCCAGGCAACGUGCUAAAGGAGAGGUUCUGAACUGCUUGAGAGCUUUUCUUAAUUGGGAAAAGAAUGCUCCUGCAGAUGUUGGCUUCAUGGUUUCUAAGCUGCUUUUGACCAUACAGUUAUGUCCAAAAACAGAAUUUCAGGCCAGUGAAAAAUUUGGUGAAGACCUAAGUGAUAAUACAUGGGAAUACAUACUUGCCAUUGAUCUGCUCUGCUGCCAUCAGAAAUGGAUUUGGACACAUGAUAACAUUAUAAGUAAGGAGCUGUGGCCUGUAAUGGAUAAGUGGAUAAAAUACAGAAAAGGACAUGCAAACAUUGCAUAUAUUCCUGAUAUUAUUAUAGCAUCAAUACUGAGGCUCAUUGGUCGUUUAGGCCAAUUGGGUUUGAAGGAAGGAUUUCCAUCUGCUGUGAAAAAUAUUAGUUCAGUUAUUGGUAUGUUUAUACAGCAUGCUCAGGAUGAAGAUAUACCAUGGGGCAUACAGUUAGCAGCCGUAUAUGCUCUUUGUGACUUGAGUCCCAGCAAUCCAGCAGAAAUUUCCAAGAUUCUGGAAGCUUGGCAGAGAGAGGCCUCCAAGAGCGUUCCGUCUGCCAUCCGCAGCUGCCUGGAAGAAGUCAGUGCGCUGAGUGCAGAGGGGCUUGGCUGACGCAGCAAGGCCACUGUGGCUAGAGAAGUGCCUUGACACAUUUUGAAUAUAGGUAGAUUGAUCAGCUUUCAGAUACAAAGGAGGGCUUAAAGAAGACACAAAAUAGAUAAACUGACGAGAGGCUCUCCUUAUCGUUUGGCAAGGAGACAGGAGAAACAAACAGUUGCACAGUUGUUUUUCCCUAAAUCACAUACAUUUCACUUAAGGCUAUUGUGAUCAUGUGACAUAUGGAUUGUAUUAUUGUGUCUUGGUCAAACAACAAAAACUUGAAUUUAGCCCUUUUUUUGCUGCAGAAAGUGUCCUUUUAGUGGCUUUUUAAAAUUGAGUGGCAUUUUAUAAUGAACUUACCAAUAUAAAAACAUCAUUCGGGCCGGGUGAGGCGGCUCACGCCUAUAAUCCUGGCACUCUGGGAGGCCGAGGCGGGUGGAUCGCUCGAGGUCAGGAGUUCGAGACC